CGCAGUCAUGAAUAGAGCAACGGGUUUCAACUUUCUGAAACUAUCCACAAUUUUACUUCUAUGUUUUAUACAAACUAUGGAUUGUGGGAAGAAGGCCUGUCAAAAAUGUAGACCUAAAACAAGGAGUGAUCGAAAACCGCAGGGAAACUACACGUCCAAGGUGACGUAUUCGAGAAUUAUGGAUUUCAAGGGCAGUGUAUAUCGAGUUGCGCCAGAAGGAGGGUUAACGAACCACUGGAAAGAGGUCGAUCCAGGUGUGCUGUCUAAUGCGGACGUCGUCAAUAAAGGAAGAGAAUUUGUUGCAUACGUCAAGGAAAGGUUUAACAUCAAUAUAAGCACACUAACGGACGAGCAAUUAUACAUGGGAUCGGCCGUUCAUUUUGAAGAUUUAACAUUUUGGGGAUACCUCGGAGUCGCUGAUAUGAGAUUGGUUACAAAAACAACACCUUGUCAAGAAGUCAAUUAUUACCGAAAUCCAAAAUUCAAAAGCGUCGGAUAUAUCGUUGUAGCGGAUGCAGAUACAAAUCUUACAGGUGGAACAUGGGCUGGGUUAAUGAAGAAAAAUUCAGCAAUCUUCUUUGAAGUCGCUUUGAUAGACGACAGUGAGGAAUGCAACUUUAACUCUGUACCACAUAUCAUAACAACCCGUUCGCUUGAUGUCCAUCCUGCCAAGUAUUUCAACGGAGAGUACACGAUGGUAAACACAUGGGAAGCGGAGGCCUGGUCAAACAUAUAUGGCUA